UGCAAGAUCCCAUACUCGCACCCGGAGAACAGAGAAAAGCAUGUGAAAAAUUCUCUGUUUUCCUCCUCUCUCCCUCUUUCUUUUAAAAUCAGAAGGGUAAUAAAUCGGCACGUCCAUGGCCUUGUUAUCCCCGGUUCUUCCCACCUUCUCCUCCUUAAGUCCCAAUCUCUCUCAAAAACUCCAUCGCACCCUCCUUCCCAAGAAAAAAUCUUCUCUUUUCCUCACAAGGGGUACAGGAAAUGGGGCAGGAAACGUGGGCUCUGCUGCUGUAGAGGAGAAAUUGGAGGAGAAGAAAGAAGGGGCUAUUCCUCUGGAGUCGGAGGAGAAGAAGGUGGAGGAGAAGCUACCGCCGGAGUCUCCGGACUCGAAUGGCGCCGCCGUGAAGGCGGUGGUUCCCACGUUCAAUGACCGGAGAUGGGUCGGAGGGACGUGGGAUUUGAAGCAGUUCGAGACGGAUGGCAAGACCGAUUGGGAUGCCGUCAUAGAUGCUGAGGUUCAAAGAAGAAAAUGGCUCGAAGAUAAUCCAGAGGCAUCAAACAAUGAUGAACCUGUAAUUUUUGACACAUCAAUAAUCCCCUGGUGGUCAUGGGUUAAAAGGUUCCACCUGCCUGAAGCUGAAUUGCUUAAUGGCCGUGCUGCGAUGAUUGGGUUUUUCAUGGCUUACUUCGUGGAUAGCUUGACAGGCAUAGGUCUUGUUGAUCAGAUGGGUAAUUUUUUUUGCAAAACUCUGUUACUAAUAGCUGUUGCUGGGGUGCUGCUUAUAAGAAGGAAUGAAGACAUUGAUACUGUGAAGAAGCUUCUUGAGGAAACAACCUUCUAUGACAAGCAGUGGCAAGCAACCUGGCUGGAGGAUGAAACUCCUAGGGUUUCCAAUAAAGAGUAGCUUGAUGUUCAUCUAGAAGUCACUCUUAUUUCAUUCGAUAGUUUCUAUCUUUUGUUGUAUAUUUUUCUCUUUUUUUUUCUCUUAGUACCAUUGUAAAAGAUUAGCAGUUUAUCUUUCCUUUUUCUUCACAAGCAGGCGUGCUCAAAAUUGAUUAUGAAGUGUCAUCUUCGAGCAGUCUGUCUUCCCUGAAAUCCUAUUUGCUCUAGUUAUGUUUCUUUUUGUGUUA